UGCGCGAAUGAAAAGUAAGCCGCAUCCGGCACCGAUUGAACGAGAAAAAAGGAAACAGAAAGAUCAGCAGUGGCCGAAAACGAUUCAAAACGCGCAAUCACAAAGAACAGACCAGCGAUUUCCUGGCGCUGCACGCUGUGCGGCGCGCGAUAAUCAGCGGCAAUCAAUUGUCACUAUUGCCAUCAUCGCGCUACAACGGUACGCGAAACGAGGUGUGAAGAGAGAGAGAGAGAGAGAGAGAGAGGAGAGAGAGAGAGAGUGAGAGUGAGAAAAGGAAGAAAGGAUAGUAUUCAACGACGUCGGUCGGAGGGGUGGAGAACGGUGUGCUUCCAAAGGUGCCACACUCACACGUACGCACGCGUGUUGUGCGACACACAGUGGGCCUGCGGAGCGGAGCGGACUAGGAGGAUCAACUGGAGAGUUUUCGUUAUGUAUCGAUUUACUACGUAAAUACUCUCGCCCUCGAGACAAAUGGGACACACGGAAUGAGAGUCUGCGGCACCGAUUGCGAGACAGUAGGAAGACAUGGAUGCCAGGGUGAUAGAGGUUCUGCAACAGGCAGUCAGCCAAGAUCCUAAUAUCCUGAAAUCGGCGGAGCAAACUCUGAAACAAUGGGAGACUCAACAGGGGUUUUAUAUAGCAUUAUAUAAUGUUCUAUCAAAUCAUUCCUUGGCUGUUGAAGUUAGAUGGAUGGCUAUAGUGUAUCUAAAAAUUGGAGUUGAUAAAUAUUGGAGGAUAAAUGCCCCAAAUGCAAUUCGGGCUGAUGAAAAAGAAUUUUUACGCCAGCAUUUGCUGACAAACCUGGAGGAACCUGUGAAUCCAUUAGCUGUACAAUUAGCAAUUCUUAUUGCAAAGAUAGGAAGGCUUGACUACCCCAGGGAAUGGAGUACACUAGUACCAACUUUGUUAGAAGUUAUAAGACGGGAGAGCCCUUUGGCACAACGUCAAGCGUUAUUAACAUUGCUUCAUGUCAUUAAAGCUUUAGCGUCUAAACGCCUGAGUGAAUCCCAGAGGAUUUUCCGUGAGGUAGCUGCGAGCAUGUUCAGUUUCAUCCUGACCCUGUGGAAUACUUUUACGGAAUCCUUCCUAAUAUUAGCGUCGAACGGCGCCGACGUCCGGCAAAUACAAGAAGCAUUGGAGAAAGCUCUGCUGUUGCUGAGAAUACUCAGGCAACUGAUUGUAAACGGUUUUACCAACCCUUCCGAAUCUCAGGAUGCCAUGUUAUUUUUGAAAGUUGUUUUCGAGCGUGCGAGAGCCGCUCUCGAGUGCCGGAAAACUUUAGCGUCUAGAGGCAUACCGGUGGACAUGUGCGAGAAGUUUAUAAUACAUUUGACCAAAGUUUUAAUGGGAGUACUAGAGAUGCACCCGUUUUGUUACGUGGAGCUUAUACCGACUUCCUUAGAAUUCUCCGUUUUUUACUGCUUCACGGAGGCUGGUCAGACAUUAGCAUUUGAGAGAUUUAUUAUCCAAUGUCUAAAUCUAGUGAAGAAUAUUUUAACAUCGACGUACUAUAGACCAGCUAAGAUUGUCGAAGAUACGAAGGACCCGAUAGCGUUAAGAGCGUACCAAUUAAGGCAAGAAUUUUUCACACCGGACACGUUGACGGAGAUUUGCUCCAGACUUGUCACGCAUUAUUUCCUUUUAACUCCCACGGACUUGGAAUUAUGGGACACCGAGCCGGAAAAUUUCGCUAUCGAUGACGGUGGCGGAGAAUCAUGGAAGUACAGUCUCAGGCCCUGCACCGAAUCCGUAUUUAUGGCGAUAUUCCAUAACUUUAGAGACGUUCUCUCGUCGGUUCUAGUUGACCUGAUGCGACAGCAUCAUCAGCCUGUCGAUCCCAAUAAUUUGCACGCAAUCUUAGUGAAAGACGCAGUUUAUCGUGCAGUUGGCCUGGCUGCAUUCGAUCUGUACGACGAGGUGAACUUUGAUCAGUGGUUUUCGACGACUCUGAAGGAGGAAUUAAAGAUUCGAAAUAAUAAUUAUAGAAUUAUCAGGAGACGUGUAUGCUGGUUGAUCGGACAAUGGACGAGUAUAAAAUUAAGCGCGGAAUUGAGACCGGAUGUUUACAUGCUAAUGGUGGAGGCGCUAAGUCCCACAGAAGACUUGGGCGUUCGAUUAGCCGCGAGCGACGCCUUGAAAAAGGCGAUCGACGACUUCCAAUUUAAUCCGGAAGAAUUCGCCAUUUUCUUGGAACCGACAUUUUCGCUGUUGUUCGCUCUCCUUAAGGAAGUGAAUGAGUGUGAUACAAAGAUGCAUGUAUUGUUCGUGCUGUCGUUUAUCAUUGAGCGCGUCGGCAGCAAAAUUAAGCCUUACGUCGCUGCACUCAGCACGUAUCUACCUGUACUUUGGCAGCAAUCGGAGGUAUUUAAUAUGUUGAGGUGCGCCAUAGUAUCGACCCUGAUACAUUUGGAGAAGGCUCUAGGAUCUGACAGCGUAACUUUGGAGCCGCUGGUGGUUAACGUCGUGGCUCUUAGUUGCGACGUUAACCAAGAGGGACAUGUUUACCUAUUAGACGAUGGUUUGGAACUGUGGUUGGCUUUAUUGGAGAACUCACCGGCGCCGACGCCGGGUAUAUUGGGCCUCUUCAGGAAUAUGCCGGCGUUAUUAGAUCAGUCGGCGGAUAACCUGCGUUUGUGUUUGUAUAUAAUUCAAGCGUAUGUACUGCUGAGCCCGCAAGACUUCUUUACGCAGUGGGGUUCGGUAGUCAUCGAGAUACUGAAGGAGCUUCUGAGUGACUUACGGUCGGAUGGCUUAGUGAUGGCGAUGAAGGUAUUCGAGACCUGUCUCAGAGCAUCGCCCCAACAAGGCACAGAAUUGAUCAAGCCUGUUUUACCGAAGAUAUUUGAAACCGUUUACAUCGGCGAGGAAUAUCCGAUGGUCAUGACCAUGUAUCUGUCCAUUGUCGCGAGAGUUUUGCUAGUUUCUCGAGAUAUUUUUGUACAGGUGAUCAGCGAUUUAGCGCGUAGUAAAGGAAACGAUACGAGGGAGGAGGUUGUGUUUGGCAAGAUUUUACACGUGUGGCUAUGCGGCAUGGCCUUGGUGUCGCAGCAUGAAAGGAGUAAAUUAUUAGCCCUCGCACUUUGCUCCCUCCUAGGAGCAAAUUGCCCUCCCACGGUCCUCGAGCACUUUCCACAUAUAAUGGCGAUGAUCGUUGAGGCGCUCCACGACAUUACCAAGGUUGACGAUAUGGGCUAUGCUUUCGAUUCCUUGUUGAUUGGUGAUCAACCCAGUCCGUCGCAAUACGAGGAAGUGGAUUAUGAAACCGAGCACGCUCAGCGGCAAAAGAAACUCGCCUUCACCGACCCUGUACACAAUGUAUCCUUGAAAGACACGGUGCAGCAACAGUUGGUCGCGUUGCGAAGAAUGGUCGGUGACAAUCAGUUCGAUCAAUUGAUGCUUACACUUAGUCCCGACAUUGAGGAACAACUCAAGGACUUUAUAUCCCUGUGAGGAAGAAGUAAGAUCAAAACACAGAAUUAGGACAUGUCGGACAAAUGCUAUAUGAAAUGUAAACGUAUGAAAGAAGCUUUACAGCGCUCCAUUGUAAAACGGCACUAUUUUAUUGUAUGAUACUACCACCUGUUUCACUGUAUUAAUAAUGUUGAUAAUAAAAGGUACCGCAACGCCAUUCGACAAUUCCUUUCUCAAA